CCUCAGCCUGGAGAACGCAAGGCUUUCUAAUCCCAGCAUUGUUCCUUCUUUAGCUCGGCCAUGGCAAGCAAAAUGCGUAUUGUGGUUCUAAGCUUUUGUCUUCAUGCUCCUCCUAUCCAUUGAAGGCCAGGCUAAUCACCAUUCUCCAAGUCCAGCUGCCCAACCAGCAAACACUCCAAGCCCAACUCCUCAACCCAUCAAAUUUCCUUUGUAUGGAACAACUCAAGGAAGCCUCCAACCCCAAGAAUGCCCAGGCCGUUGCACAUCUCGAUGCUCGGCGACUGCCUACAAGAAGCCAUGCAUGUUCUUCUGCCAGAAGUGCUGCGCCAAGUGCCUCUGUGUGCCUCCUGGCACGUAUGGGAACAAGCAGUUCUGCCCUUGCUACAACAAUUGGAAGACCAAGAGAGGGGGACCAAAGUGCCCAUGAUGGAUGAUCUAUUCCUUCUUUAUGGACUCUCUCUGUCUUUGGAGUGCCAUGUAGCUAUCUAGCUUUUGGCUGAGCCAUGUUGUAGUUAUGGUCCAAACUUUAGACACCCGAGCCUAUUAGUUGGACAAGGUUGGGCUGGAGCCAGGUUCCACAGUAUUGUUAUGAUGGUUUAAAGGGUACUUAUUGUAUAUAUCUUAGUUGUUCUGCUUCUUGGCCAUUCCCUAGGCUUUGUCAUGAUGGAUACGGUGUAACUGAGUUUUGAAGUGGAUCGAGGACAUUGAGAUCAAAAUUAGGUGGGUUUAAAAGCGUGAAGUAAUAUUUCUCUCCUGAACUUGGC